AUGAUUGUUGUUAAGCAAGCGGUGCUGCUGCUGCUGGUGACGGCAGUUGGCACCAGUGCAGCGCCAACCCCCGAAGACUGUGACGGUCUGACUAAAAAGCUGCUAAUGAAAGACCUGGACAAGAUUUUCGGGGACUGGGUUCUGGUCUGGGCUGUCUCUGACGAUCUGCAAGACUUCGACCUGGUGGUAAACUUCUCCAGCUCCCACGUCGAGCUCCAACUUCUCCCUGACAACAAAACCAUCAUGUACAAGGAGAGAAACAUGUUCCUUGAUAAGCCGUGUUCUCAGUACCUAAUCAAGAUGACGAUGCCCUCCGACCCUGACCACCACACACUGCACACCCACGCCUCCAUCUUGGAGAUAAACGGAGUUGUUCGUCCGUACAACGACUCAGGCAAAGUGGAUUUCCAUGAGAGCUGCUCUGACUGUCUGGUGUUGGUCUACAGAGGCAGCGUGGGCCGAUUCCUGCUCAUCUACAGAAGGGAGGGGCAGCAUCGGGAUGUUGAGCAGCUGAAAGCGGCCCACGGCGAUCAUCACGAACUGGCCGAGUGUCUGGGAUUUCCUCACGACAAACCGUUCAGCUACGACGGAGCCGCAGAUUUUUGUCAUAAGAAAUCUUCUCCAGCGGUGGAGCCUGAACACUGGGCCGGCCGGGGGCCGAAUGGGAGCCGUUAUAAAACAACCCGCUGCUUUGUUUUCUUAUCUCAGAGCAGGAUGAUUGUUGUGAAGCGAGUGCUGCUGUUGCUGGUGGUGGCGGCGAUCGGCUCCGACGCACGGCCGGGCCCCGAAGACUGUGGCAGUCUGAGCAAAAGGCUGCCAGCUAAAGACCUGCACAAGAUUUUCGGGGACUGGGCUUUGGUCUGGUCUGUCUCUGAUACUCAGUACGGCAGGGACCUGAUGGUGAACUCCUCCAGCUCCCACGUCGAGCUCCAACUCCUCCCUGACAACAAAACCAUCAUGUACAACGAGAGGAACAUGUUCCUUGAUAAGCCGUGCACUACGUACUUUUUCAACUUGUCGAUGCCCUCUGACCUGUCCGACUCUGAGAACCACACGCUGCCCACCGGCGUUGGCAUGUUGGAGACAGACGGAGUUGUUCGUCCGUACAACGACUCAGGCAAAGUGGAGUUCUAUGAGACCUGCCCCGACUGUCUGGUGUUGGUCUACAGAGGCACUUUGGGCCAGUUCCUGCUCAUCUACAGAAGGGAGGGGCAGCAUCGGGAUGUUGAGCAGCUGAAAGCGGCCCACGGCGAUCAUCACGAACUGGCCGAGUGUCUGGGAUUUCCUCACGACAAACCGUUCAGCUACGACGGAGCCGCAGAUUUUUGUCAUAAGAAAUCUUCUCCAGCGGUGGAGCCUGAACAUGGAAAUCUCUCACAGCAAAGGCAUGUGUCUUAUCCACUGCUCCAUCACCACACCUCUACUGACACCUCAAACCAACUGGUUCUCAUGAACAUCUGCUUCAUCCUCCAGAUAGUUGCCGCUCUUUCAAAGGGCCGGCUGGGGACAGGCUGGGAGAAGGCCAGGGGCCGGCUGGGGACAGGCUGGGAGCAGGCCAGGGGCCGGCUGGGGGCCGUUAUAAAACAUCCUGCUUCCCUCCUCUUGCUGUUUGUUUUCUUAUCUCAGAGCAGGAUGAUUGUUGUGAAGCGAGUGCUGCUGCUGGUGGUGGCGGCGAUCGGCUCCGACGCACGGCCGGGUCCCGAAGACUGUGGCAGUCUGAGCAAAAGGCUGCCAACUAAAGACCUGCACAAGAUCUUCGGGGACUGGGUCCUGGUCUGGUCUGUCUCUGAUCGUCAGCAUGGCUGGGACGUGCUGAUGAACCUCUCCAGCUCCCACGUUGAGCUCAAACUCCUCCCUGACAACAAAACCAUCGUAUACAACGAGAGGAACAUGCUCCCUGAUAAGCCGUGCACUACGUACUUUUCCAACUUGACGAUGCCCUCUGACCUGUCCGACUCUGAGAACCACACGCUGCACAUCAGCGCCGCCUUGUUGGAGACAGACGGAGUUGUUCGUCCGUACGACAACUCAGGCACAGUGGAGUUCUAUGAGACCUGCCCCGACUGUCUGGUGUUGGUCUUCAGAGACACCAGGAUCGAGUUCCUGCUCAUCUACAGAAGGGAGGGGCAGCAUCGGGAUGUUGAGCAGCUGAAAGCGGCCCACGGCGAUCAUCACGAACUGGCCGAGUGUCUGGGAUUUCCUCACGACAAACCGUUCAGCUACGACGGAGCCGCAGAUUUUUGUCAUAAGAAAUCUUCUCCAGCGGUGGAGCCUGAACAGUCCUGAGGGAAGAUGUUGGAACAAACAAAAGUGUCAACGUAUAUCAGAGAUGUCGUUCACAAAUAAAAGAAAAGCUAAAA